AGAUUGAUGGAACGGCUUUUCAGCAAUUAUGUAGCUGAGAAAUUUAGCUGGGUCGGGUCAAAAGGAAAAAGAAUUUUUUCAACACUUCAUUUGUGUCGUGUUAUUCUAGAUGUUGUCGGGAAAGCAUCGACCACAAAUUUGGUCACAGAAGAUAUGAUUGCGAAAGUCAUUAAAGAUUGGUUACGGCACGCGAAGGAACGAUUGUCACGAGAGAAACCGCCCCUAUCUUUGCACACAGAUGCAGAAGAAAACUCCGCCAGAGAACCAGAUGCCGAAGUAGAACUUAACGUUCCUGGAGUAGCUGAAGGGACUGAUUAUUCCAACUAAAAUACACGCACAUACCAAAUGACUGCCUAAAUUGGCAUUACAUGAUGAAAAUAUCUGAUGCUUCUGCGACUGUGAUUAUAAAAU